GGGGCCUCCUCUUCCUCCGCGGGCGGCGGCGAGCGCGGCAUCCCCCAGCCCGGGAGGCCGCGAACAAAGGCUCCGCGCCGGCUGCGGCGGCUCCGGCUGCCCCCGCUCGAGAUGGCGUCCCUCGGCCUGGGGGGGCUCGGCGCCUCCGCCCGCAGGAAGAGCGUUCCGUCCCGCAACGCCGCGGUGGAGAGGCGGAACUUGAUCACGGUCUGCAGGUUUUCAGUCAAGACCUUGAUUGACCGUUCCUGCUUUGAGACAAUAGAUGACUCUUCUCCUGAAUUUAAUAAUUUUGCAGCCAUUCUGGAACAGAUUUUAAGUCAUCGACUGAAAGGUCAGAUCACCUGGUUUGGCUAUGAAAGUACUCGUAGUUUUUGGGACUAUAUUCGGGUGGCUUGCCGAAAAGUCUCUCACAAUUCCAUCUGCAGUAUUGAGAACAUGGAGAAUGUCGGUUCUUCUAGAGCUAAGGGUCGAGCCUGGAUCAGAGUAGCACUUAUGGAAAAACAUUUGUCUGAAUAUAUUUCCACAGCUCUGAGAGACUUCAAAACAACCAGGAGAUUUUAUGAGGAUGGAGCAAUUGUUCUUGGUGAAGAAGCAAAUAUGCUUGCUGGUAUGCUGCUGGGACUCAAUGCAAUUGAUUUCAGUUUUUGUCUGAAGGGUAAGGGAUUGGAUGGCACCUUUCCAGCUGUCAUAGAUUACACACCCUACCUGAAGUUCAUCGAAAGUUCUGACAGUAUCAGCAGUGAUGAAGAAGAGCUAAGAACGCUGGGCAGUAGUGGCAGUGAAGGCAGUACUCCAGAGAACAUUGGUCCUGUCAUCGUGGAUGAACACAGUUGGUACAACAAAUGCAAAAGGGUAGAACAGAAGUACCGCCUCGCAUUGGAACAGAAGGGUUACCUUGAGGAGUUGGUACGACUCAGAGAAAACCAGCUAUCUGAGUCUGUCUCACAGAAUAAACUGCUUCUACAAAGAAUUGAAGAUAUGGAUCUAGCCCAUAAAAUGGAGAAGGAACAGCUGGAAUAUAUCAUUAUGGAACUGCAAGACCAGUUGACUGUGCUGAAGAAUAAUGACUUGAGAUCAAGACAAGAAUUAACUACUCACCUCACCAAUCAGUGGCCUUCCCCAGGAGCUCUGGAUGUCAAUGCUGUUGCCUUGGACACUCUACUCUACAGAAAGCACAAUCAACAGUGGGAUGAGAAAAGUUUUCAAAGUUUGGAUCAACUUUCAGCAGACGUCAGCCUUUCUCAAACCUCUCUGGAUCCAGGCCACUCACAGGAUGGAAAGCAGGAUGGAAUAAACUUGUUAAAUGAAGGAAAGGAGGAUACUCCGUCACUGCUUGGUCUUUGUGGUUCUCUUACUUCAGUGGCAAGCUACAAAUCUCUCACAAGUCUGAAAUCAAGUGAAUAUCUUGCAAGUCCCACAACAGAGAUGACAAGUCCAGGCUUAACACCAUCUUGAGAUGCGCGCAAGCAGGAAGAACUUUGUGUUGUAUGCAUUUGGUUUGUGUUCCACAAUAUGACUUCCAGUGAAGACUGCUAGUUCAAAGGCAAAAAUAAGCUGCUUUAUUUUUUUCUUCUUGUGGUUACCUGUUUAAUUCUCCAGAUUUUCAUUCCAGCUUUUCUUCCCCCCGUGGGCUUUUUCAAAUUUUCUGCUUUAGUCCUGAAUUAUUUAACUCUUAGUCAGGUACAGGACACACAUUCUGAUGCUUCUGACUGAUUUUUAAAAUCAAGCAGUUGGAAAUCAGUCUCCUACUUAACUGCCACAACUUUGUUUCUCCUUGCAGUGGUUAACAGCCUGGCUCUACUACAGCCGUGGUGCUUCUCUUCAGUGCUCUAAAUAUCAACUCUUGCAAAAGAGACAGGAAAACUUAAAGCCAGUAUUUGUAGGCAAAUAAAUAUUUUACUUACCAAUAUUUUCAUCUGUGUGUGUUGCAUAGGACCGCAGCGUAUUUAACCUGUCAAGAGCUCUUCUCAAGUUGAUUCAGUGUUAGAUUUUGCAUUCCUAUUAGCAUCAUGGCACUAAUGAGAUGGCUGAAUCACACUGAAGAAUCACACCGAAGCACUCCUAGUAAUUCUUAAAAUUGCAUGACAGUAACAAAUGUAAGUUGAUCAUCUAAGUCAAGCAUACUUAGCAAUUUGUAAAUAUUGAGGAAGCUUGCCAAAUUUCAAGCUUUUGAGUGACCUGGCUUACAGAUAAUUUAAUAUUAUAUGAGCAAUUUCUUGGCUUAUUGGUCUUACUGGAAAAAGAGGGACUAAGGAAGAUGGGGUUAUCUCCUUGCGAAGUUUGGGUCAUAUAUUUAUUGGCAGGAUUACAGUUACAGUUGAUUUGCCUCUUGUAAUGGUACCUUGGGACUACUACAACAGUCUGGUCAUUGUAAGGUGGGCUUGAAAGAAAGAGAAUUCACUCUCACCUUUACAAAAACCACUGAAAACAUUCAGCCAAGGAGAGUGAAAAAGGGGAAACAAAGGCAAUGUAAUGGCAGUAUUCUCAUGCUAAAGGUUGUUCUCAUUUCUGUAGUAGUGCAGUAGAUAUUUUCCUUGAUUAGGUAAUACAGUAGAACUAAUUUAGGUCAGUUUUCUUAAAUUAUUUGCCAUUGAUUUAAAUUACUGAUACAAACAGCCUGUAACAUUUUUUAAAUGAAACUAACUUUCCAGAUUAGUCUACAGUUUCAAAGUUUGCAAACUAAUUUUCAAAUUGCAAACUAUAUUCUUAAUUCUUUGUAAGAUAUAAUGGAUCCUUUAUCUAAGAAUUUUGCUAAUCAAGGUAAUGCUUCUCAAUAUGAUUAGUAACUUUUUAAACAAAUCUUAAGUGCAUGUAAGUAUGUUGUAUUUAUAAGUGCUAGGGAAAAUGCUUUUUUUGUGCCAAAGAAGUUUCAUAAAUUGUUUACAUGAUAGUUGCAAUACAAGACAGAUUUUCAAUUGCUUACUCUCAGAUGUUUACAGUAUGUCACUACACUGUAUGGUUUUAGUUGGUUUGCCUCUUGUAAUGUACCUUGGCACUACCACAAUAAUCUUCUUGUAGGGUGGGCUUGAAAGAAAAAGGAAUUCACUCUCACCUUGACUAAAACCACUGACAGUAUUCAGCCUCUCUAAGUGUGAGGCUCAGUCUCUGUAACUUGAGGCACUGCUGGAUUUUGCUGCAUGUAGUUCAAGAUGCAUCUCCUGAGUUCUAGCCCAUGGUGCUGGAGGUUACUGUAUCCAUGGAGUAAACAAAGGUGGAGGCCAUUCCUACAGAAAAUUUUACAGCAGUUUAGCAAAAUCCUACAGGCCUUAUUUUUUGAUCCCUCAUGAAACCAUUCAAUUAAUUUCUCUAUUACAAACUCAGAAUAUCACAUCCUUUCACACACUGUCAGAAUGUCCAUUCCUUCUUGUAACUGUUUUUGGUUGUAACAAUUAAGUACUUGUUCUCUCAUGGUAGUUGAGUAACAUUAUUAAAUACUGAUUUAUAAGUUAGAGAGUGCAUGUCUACUGUGAAUACAAUACAAGGGAAUCCAGAUUCCACAAGUUAACAUCCUCCAUUGAGGUGUAGUGAUUUAAUCAGUCUUGUUUGCUGUUAAAUGCUUCUCCCACUUCAUCAGUGUUUUGGAGGGGACUAUGAUCAUGAUCUUCAGUCAUGUUAGCUGAUGGCUCUUUUCUUGGAGCUACUGGUGUGAAAUUCAUGUGUCAUUUAACUGAAGUCUUUUAUGUAGUCUGACACCGCUGUGAGUUUCUGGGUGUCAUUUUGUGCAUGGGAAAUCAGUUGUGUGUCUUUCUCAGUUUUAAACAUUAAUCAUUUUUCAGAAAAAAAAACCCACACUGAAAAAAUGCCCAAACUGUACGUUUUGUUGCCUUGACGUUCCAUGAAUGUUGCAUGUAAAUUAAACAUUUUGUAUCAUCA